AUGACGGCGCCGAGUCAAGCGCAUUCCUUGCGUGAUUAUUACGGAAUUGGGCAAGAGGAGGCGCCUGAUGCACCACAGGAGAAAGGAGAAGUGCAGGUACCCCACGUUGUCCCGGUCGAGGAGCUGUUUGCAAGCGCGUCGCUCGACAAGCUCCUGCAAACGACUAUCAAUGCAAUCGACGGAAUCCGAGAGCUACAGGCAGAGCGGCAAAGCCUUGUAUACAACCAUCACCAGGAGCUUGUGAGUGCAUCAGAUACUGUCGGGAAGAUGCGUGCGGGACUUGCUGCCCUAGCGCCGCAGCGCAAAGCACUCAAGGAGCAGGUCGAGCGGCUCCACGCUCAAAGCGAUGCACUCGGCGCCGGCGCAAAAGAGGUGGAAGAGAUCGAUUGGCGCGGAGAUGUGCUUACCACUGUACAGCUUCCUAUAACGCUACAGGAGAAGUGCAAAGAAAAUAAGCGCGCCGAGGCGGAACGGCUCUGGGAGGAGCAUUGGCCGAGAUUGGCCGCGUGGGAGGCAGCGGGUGUAAAGGGAGCAUCGGAACUCACACAAGCUUGCAGGGAUGUGUUGCAGGUGCCAUAG